CAUACUUCGUGGGAUUAAUCAGCGCUGAUCAGCACAAGCAGCAUUCGCUUUUGACCAUUAUUUCAAACAAAAUUUAUUCUUUACCUAUAUUACAUUUCUCCACGCUCUCGCACUCAUUUGAACGGGCUACAGAGAGCUUAAUCCUGUCUUCUCGGUAUAUUUCAUGCAUUAGUAACCAGUAACCUUUCAUUACACCUAUAUUCCAAUUUAAUUACGCGGUCUGUAUCGGUUUAAUAUCGAAUCAACAAAUCUUGAAUACCAUUCAACAAACCGGUGACCAAGGCCCAAAGAGGCCUGCUUUUUACUACUUUCCGUGGUGUUGAUAUGUUUGCUUUACGGUCUGGAGCGGUCUGGAGAGAAAAUUUUUCAUACCACGAUAAAAUUAAUCUCUGCAUUUUACCAGGGAAGGAACUCUAGUAUCUAUGAACGUGGCCGAAAAUAAAAAAUAUGAGCGGUAUCACACAUAAUACUAGUGUUUACAAUACCCGUCACAUGCGUAUGGCGGACGAAAGUUAUGUUGUGUCUUUGUUGUGUUUACUAAAUUCAGCCCGCUUCUUUGGUGUACAUAUCAUAUAUCAUUAUGUUUGUAGGUAAUAUAAUACGGUCCGUGUCGUAUGGUAGGUAAGAAAUAUUAAAUUUUCCAUCCGCUUUCGGGAAUUAUUAGGGGAUUUUACUGUGAUGCUUUUGGUGUUCAUUGUCUGUAUUCAAAACAAGUUUAAUGCAGAACAGUUGCGUGUAAGUUGAAGUGACAAAAUAGUGACUAGGUAUGAUAUACUGCGUAUGAAGUAAAUAGAUCUGCCCUCCUGUAGAGUGGUUUGUAUUUUGCUCGACAAAGAAAAUGGAGGAAGAAAGUUUCAAAAGGCGUCCUAACGAACUGUCGCUGUCCCGUGUUAAAACAAUAAUGAAAAGCUCACCGGAUGCUGAAAAUGUGUCCCAAGAAUCAGUGUAUCUUGUAACAAAGGCAACAGAAUUGUUUAUUAAAUAUAUGGUUGAAGAAGCUUACAAGGAAAGUAAUAAUUCCAAAUCUCUAGAAUAUAAGCAUGUGUCAGAGUUGGUGCAGACUAGGGAGGAGCUUUCAUUUCUGAGGGAAAUUGUACCGCGGAAAUGUACGCUUCGUGAUAUAGAAGAGGAUUUAAGGCGAAGAGGUCUAGAGACGAAACGUCCUGGUGUUUCUUCUUCAUCAUCUGAUGUAUCACUGUAUUCAGACGAAGAUUUGACACUGUCACCAGAGCCUAGAGACACAAAAGCAGAUCCCUCGUUCUCCCAGUCUAAUGGAAGAAGUAAUUUGUCCUCAGCAUACAGUCCAGAACGUACAUAUUUAAAAUCUGCGCCAGUGUCACGGACUAGACCUUCACUAGUGAAGCCAUCACAAUCGGCAGAGGAAUUUGUAUCAGCAAAAGAGCUCGAGACUUCGUCCGGUGUGGUUACAUAUUCAGGCACAUCAACAUCAUCUGCAAACCUUCCACAUGCAUGCUGUUCGGACGUAGUAGUAUUACGCCCUGGUACGCCUUCCACAAUUACUUUGUCCUCGUCAUCAAUGAGUUUUGAGGGUUCACCAUCACCAACAUUAAGUUUCCUGGAUCCUGGCCCAUCUUCUGUGGUGGCAGCAGCAUCGCCAAUGAGUGUGAUGUCAGUCUCAUCAGGAUCACGCACACCAUCUCCAUCACCCUCUUACUCAUCACUGUCCCCUCAGAUUCAUUCAACAAUACAAGUACAAGACGAGUUUGAUAUGAUCACUGAAAGUGUAGAAAGUAUGUCAUCUGAUUCAUCAAUAUGUGAAGUGGAACAAGAGUAGUUUUAAGUCGGACUGAAUUUAUUUACCCUUAUGUAAGAAUUUUAACAGCACUGUAUAAUCUUGGGAGCACCUUAUAAAUAGAUAGUGAACAGUGAUCAAAAAUUCCUUAACUUCACUUUGAUUUAGUUCAUCCUGGUCCAUCACACUAGCAGUAUUAUAAUAUUUUAUUAGUCAUACUGGACGGUGUUAAUUAACCUUUAUAAUUACUUACCUUCACUUCAGUGGGGGGUACACGGUAGCAUAGUUGGUUGAGGCUCUAUGCUACAAGCCAAAAGGUUGCGGGAUCCUUUGGAUUUUUUUCAA